ACAAAAACAUCCAGUAGAUGUCGUUGUCCUUAGCCUGCACAGACAUUUUGCAGGACGUUGGUUCAAUAAAAGAGAACGACGUCACUUCCUUCUUUCUCUUCUACCGCCGCCAUAGUGUGGAAAGGGACUGUGGACAAAAUGUCGUCACACAAGACGUUCAGGAUCAAGCGAUUCCUCGCUAAAAAGCAGAAACAGAACAGGCCAAUUCCUCAGUGGAUCAGAAUGAAGACUGGUAACAAGAUCAGGUACAAUUCCAAGAGGAGACACUGGAGGAGAACCAAGCUGGGUCUGUAAACCUGAGGCUAUUUGGAUCUCCCACACCUUGGUGUCUGCAAGACCUGGUCCAAGUCCAGCUGUUCAUUGUGACCUUGAGGUGCAAGGAUGGAGCUGAAUUAUCUCGUGUUUGAUAAUAAAAAGAUCUGUAAGGAAACUAA